AUGAGAGGACAAGACGCAAAAUUGUUGAAGGAAUAUUUCCUGACAGAGCAAGAAAAGGAUCUAUCAUUUGUUUUUGAAAUUGAUGUAGAUGAUGAAUGUAAAUUGAAACGGUGUUUUUGGGCUGAUUCGGCUUCUAGAAGAGCUUAUGGAUGUUAUGGUGAUGUAAUUGUAUUUGAUACAACCUACACCACUAAUCAAUAUGGCAUGAUAUUUUCACUAUUGGUUGGUGUUAACAAUCAUGGUCAAACAAUUCUAUUUGCAUGUGCAUUCUUAAGUGAUGAAAAAACUGAAUCUUUUAUUUGGUUAUUUGAGCUCUUAAAGAAGACCAUGCCUACUAACAGUCCAAAAAUGAUUAUUACCGAUCAAGAUUCUGCAAUGACAAAGGUUAUAGCUCAUAGCCUGCCAAAUACAUUCCAUAGGUAUUGUAGUUGGCAUAUACUUGAAAAGUUCUCUAUACAGAUAGAUGCAAUCACUUAUAGAGAUUUUUACAAGGACUUCCAGAAAUGCAUAUGGGAAUCAGAAUGUCCGGAAGAGUUUGAAAGAAAGUGGGUGACUAUCAUUGACAAGGCAAACUUAUGUGACAAUAAUUGGUUAAAAUCAAUAUUUGAAAUAUGUUCAAGAUGGGUGCCUGCAUAUGUUAAUCAUAUAUUCUCAGCUAGAAUGUCAAGUAGUCAACGUGCAGAAAACUCUCAUUCAUUUUUCAAGAAGUAUGUUUCGAAGAAAAACUUUUUGAUGGAUUUUAUAUUUCGAUUUAAUAGGGCACUUGCACAUCAAUGUCACGAAGAGUUAAGUGCUGAUCAUGUCGAUAUUAAUAAGAAGCCUAUUUUGAAACUACCAUUGGAAAUGGAAAAACAGAUGGCUAAAAUUUACACAUGCAAGAUGUUUUAUAAGUUCCAAGAUGAGUUGUGGUAUAGCUUAGUAACAACCGUACAAUUUAUGCAUGAAAAUGAUACUCAUAAAAUGUAUAAGGUCGAUAGUAGUCUAGUUGAAGGGGUCUCUAUAGUACGAAAAAUCGUUUAUGAUAAAGUUGGUAGCAUAAAGAGUGGAGGCAUUUCUGAAAAAUGUAGUAAUGUACAUGAGACAACAUUGAAAGACCCAUCUCAAGUGAGGACAAAGGGAUGUGGAAGAAGAUUAAAGGGGGAAAAAGAGAAGGCACCAAUUGCUGCAAAGUAUAUGGGUUGA